CCUGGGGCGGGAUGAGUAUUGCAGCCUCUUCCUGGUACGCCAUGCUCUUUGUUGAUGCUAAAUAUCUUUCAUACACAAUAAUACAUCAGUCAAAGUCGCCGUUCUAUCAUCUAUUGAAACCGCAGGUCAGCGCUGCACCGCCGCGAUGGGUUUGCUGACGAUUUUAAAGAAGAUGAAGCAGAAGGAGCGCGAGAUGCGGCUGCUGAUGUUAGGUCUGGACAACGCGGGGAAGACGACCAUCCUGAAGAAGUUUAAUGGAGAAGACGUCAGCACCAUCUCCCCGACGCUGGGCUUCAACAUCAAAACACUGGAGCACAGAGGGUUCAAAUUGAAUAUUUGGGAUGUAGGAGGUCAGAAGUCACUGCGCUCCUACUGGAGGAACUACUUUGAGAGCACAGACGGGCUGGUGUGGGUGGUGGACAGCGCAGACAGACUCAGACUGGAGGACUGCAGACAGGAGCUCAGUGCACUGUUAAUGGAGGAGAGGUUAGCUGGCGCAACGCUGCUGGUGUUUGCCAACAAACAGGAUUUGCCAGGAGCCCUGUCGAAAGAGGCCAUACGAGAGGCGCUGGCCCUGAAUGAGAUCAAAAGUCAUCACUGGUGCAUCAUCGGCUGCAGCGCAGUCACAGGAGACAACUUGUUAGCUGGAGUGGACUGGCUGUUGGAUGAUAUCGCUGCAAGGAUCUUCACCACCGACUGACAUUCAGCCUCUUUGUUGGACCACGCUGAUCGAAAUAGAGCUCAAAUGUCUUUGUUCCAUCAGCGGUUUGUCACCAGACAAGGGUCCAACCUGGUUUAUAUAUAUACACACACACACACACACACACACACACACAUUUGUAUUAUAUAUUGACAGUUGAAUGAUGUAGAUAGGAAACUGAACACACUGAAACCUAAAUUAAGUUUGUUUAGUCUGCAAUGCCAGACAUUAACCUUGUUCUUACACAUUUAAUGCUGAUUGAAUAAAAAGUGAAAGCUG